AUGUGGGUGAUUCUUAUAUUUUUAAUAGCUCCAUUACCAAAUAUAAUAGCAAAUUCAAUAGAAAAUUCAAGAGAUUAUAAUUUUUUAACUUUUAAUGAUUAUGGGAAUUCAAAUGAAGGUAAUCUGAGUCCAUUACAAGAAUUUUCAAAGUUUAUAACGGGAUUAUUGAUUAUAAGUGGGAUUGCUUUACCUUUAAGUUUUUACCAUUGUGGAUUAAUUGAAAUGGGGUCGUUAAUAAUGAGUGUACUGGGAGGUUUAAUUGUAUACGGGGCCAUCAUUAUAUUCAUUUGGUUCUUUAGUAAUGAAGAAGAGGAAAAUGAUGAGUUUAAUUUUUAA